CUCGCGAUAAAUCCCGAGACUGACGCAGGCCGAACGCAGCGGAGGCGGCCAUGUUUCUGUAGAACGGAGUUUCCAUGCCUCUUUUCAAGUCUCAAAACAGGCCAAAAACUGGUUCUAUACCAUAGUGAGUAGUUCCUGUAAACUGGUCUCCUGUCUACCAUGGCAGCGUACAGCUUCAUGCCUGGACAUGGAGUCCCCGACUUCAUGUCGGAGGAGAAACUACAGGAGAAAGCGCGGAAAUGGCAGCAGCUCCAGUCCAAGCGGUACGCGGAGAAGCGAAAGUUCGGCUUCGUGGACGCGCAGAAGGAGGAGAUGCCUCCGGAACACGUCCGCAAAAUCAUCCGGGACCACGGAGACAUGACCAACCGCAAGUUCCGACAUGACAAGAGAGUCUACCUCGGUGCUCUGAAGUACAUGCCCCACGCUGUACUGAAGUUGUUAGAGAACAUGCCCAUGCCGUGGGAACAGAUCCGAGACGUGAGCGUGAUUUACCACAUCACCGGCGCCAUCACGUUUGUGAACGAGAUUCCCUGGGUCAUCGAACCUGUCUACAUCGCACAGUGGGGCACCAUGUGGAUCAUGAUGCGCCGUGAAAAGCGAGACCGGCGGCACUUCAAGCGGAUGCGGUUCCCUCCGUUCGAUGACGAGGAGCCCCCGCUGGACUACGCAGACAACGUGCUGGACGUGGAGCCACUGGAGCCCAUACAGAUGGAGAUGGACUCGGAGGAGGACUCCGAGGUCCUCAGCUGGUUCUACGACCACAAACCGCUGUCCGACACCAAGUUUGUAAACGGCACGACGUACAAACUGUGGCGGCUGACCCUCCCCAUCAUGUCCACGCUGUACCGCCUGGCUAACCAGCUGCUGACAGACCUGGUGGAUGAGAACUAUUUCUACCUGUUCGACCUGAAGUCCUUCUUCACCUCCAAGGCCCUGAACCAGGCCAUACCGGGGGGACCCAAGUUUGAACCCCUCAUCAGGGACAGUAACCUGCAAGAUGAGGACUGGAACGAGUUUAACGACAUCAACAAGAUCAUCAUACGGCAGCCAAUCCGUACAGAGUACAAGAUUGCCUUCCCCUACCUGUACAACAACCUGCCCUACCAGGUUCACCUCUCAUGGUACCACAUCCCCAACGUGGUGUUUAUAAAGACAGAGGACCCUGAUCUGCCAGCGUUCUACUUCGACCCCCUCAUCAACCCCAUCGCUCACAGGCAUUCUGUCAAGUCCUGGGAGCCCCUGCCGGAUGAUGAUGAGGAGUUUGAGCUGCCGGAGUUUGUCCAGCCGUUCCUCCAGGACAGUCCGCUCUACACCGACAACACGGCCAACGGGAUCGCUCUACUCUGGGCCCCCAGACCCUUCCAUCUGCGGUCUGGCCGAACGCGCAGGGCGGUGGACAUCCCACUGGUCAAGUGCUGGUAUCGUGAGCACUGUCCAGCCGGCAUGCCUGUGAAGGUUCGAGUGUCGUACCAGAAACUGCUGAAGUAUUACGUACUCAACGCUCUCAAACACAAACCUCCCAAGGCACAGAAGAAACGGUACCUGUUCCGCUCCUUCAAGGCGACCAAGUUCUUCCAGUCGACGACGUUAGACUGGGUGGAGGCUGGACUGCAGGUGUGCAGACAGGGGUAUAACAUGCUGAACCUGCUCAUACACAGGAAGAACCUCAACUACCUGCAUCUGGACUACAACUUCAACCUCAAACCUGUCAAGACGCUGACUACCAAGGAGAGGAAGAAGUCGAGGUUUGGAAACGCGUUCCACCUGUGUCGUGAGAUUCUGCGUCUGACGAAGCUCAUCAUCGAUUCUCACGUGCAGUAUCGCCUGGGCAACGUCGACGCCUUCCAGUUGUCAGACGGUCUGCAGUACAUAUUUGCCCACGUUGGCCAGCUGACAGGAAUGUACAGGUACAAGUACAAGCUGAUGAGGCAGAUUCGCAUGUGUAAGGACCUCAAACAUCUCAUCUACUACAGGUUCAACACUGGACCAGUAGGGAAAGGUCCAGGCUGUGGGUUCUGGGCUCCAGGCUGGAGGGUGUGGAUAUUCUUCAUGCGAGGCAUCACUCCUCUACUCGAGCGCUGGCUGGGAAACCUGCUCUCCAGACAGUUCGAGGGACGACACUCCAAGGGCGUGGCCAAGACGGUUACUAAGCAACGCGUGGAGAGCCACUUUGACCUGGAGCUGAGGGCAUCGGUGAUGCAUGACAUCCUGGACAUGAUGCCUGAGGGGAUUAAACAGAACAAGGCCAGGACCAUCCUGCAGCACCUGAGCGAGGCAUGGAGGUGCUGGAAGGCUAACAUCCCAUGGAAGGUUCCCGGCCUGCCGACUCCGAUAGAGAACAUGAUCCUUCGGUAUGUGAAGAUGAAGGCCGACUGGUGGACAAACACAGCGCACUACAACAGGGAGCGAAUCAGGCGAGGUGCGACAGUUGACAAGACUGUCUGCAAGAAGAACCUGGGCCGGCUGACCAGGCUGUACCUGAAGGCAGAGCAGGAGAGACAGCACAACUACCUGAAGGAUGGCCCUUACAUCACAGCUGAGGAGGCGGUUGCCAUCUACACGACGACCGUCCAUUGGCUGGAGAGCCGGCGCUUCUCCCCCAUCCCGUUCCCGCCGCUCUCGUACAAACACGACACCAAGCUGCUCAUCCUCGCGCUCGAGAGGCUCAAGGAGGCCUACAGUGUGAAAAGCCGUCUGAACCAGUCCCAGCGCGAGGAGCUGGGUCUGAUCGAGCAGGCGUAUGACAACCCUCACGAGGCGCUCAGUCGGAUCAAACGUCACCUUCUGACUCAGAGGGCCUUCAAGGAGGUGGGGAUAGAGUUUAUGGAUCUGUACAGUCACCUCAUCCCGGUGUACGAUGUGGAGCCGCUGGAGAAGAUCACGGAUGCGUACCUGGACCAGUAUCUCUGGUACGAGGCCGACAAGCGACGCCUGUUCCCUCCCUGGAUCAAACCAGCCGACACAGAACCCCCGCCGCUACUGGUCUACAAGUGGUGCCAAGGGAUAAACAACCUUCAGGACGUGUGGGAGACAGGAGAAGGGGAGUGUAACGUGAUGAUGGAGUCACAGUUUGAGAAGAUGUAUGAGAAAAUCGAUCUGACGCUCCUGAACAGACUGCUGCGUCUGAUCGUGGACCACAACAUCGCCGACUACAUGACUGCCAAGAACAAUGUCGUCAUCAACUACAAGGACAUGAACCACACCAACUCGUACGGGAUAAUCCGUGGCCUCCAGUUCGCCUCCUUCAUUGUGCAGUACUAUGGACUGGUGAUGGACCUUCUGUUACUGGGUCUACAGCGUGCUAGCGAGAUGGCAGGACCUCCACAGAUGCCCAACGACUUCCUCACAUACCAGGACGUUGCCACGGAGACGUCCCACCCGGUGCGCCUGUUCUCGCGGUACAUCGACCGGAUCCACAUCUUUUUCCGCUUCAGCGCGGAGGAGGCUCGGGACCUGAUCCAGCGCUACCUGACGGAACACCCGGACCCAAACAACGAGAACAUCGUUGGGUACAACAACAAGAAGUGCUGGCCGAGGGACGCAAGGAUGAGGCUCAUGAAGCACGAUGUCAACCUCGGCCGUGCAGUGUUCUGGGAGAUGAAGAACCGCCUGCCCCGCUCGGUGACCACCAUCGUUUGGGAGAACAGCUUCGUGUCUGUGUACAGCAAGGACAACCCCAACCUGCUGUUUAACAUGUGCGGCUUCGAGUGCCGGAUCCUGCCCAAGUGCCGCACAACCUACGAGGAGUUCACGCAUCGCGAUGGUGUCUGGAACCUGCAGAACGAGGUAACUAAAGAGCGUACUGCGCAGUGUUUCCUGCGUGUGGACGAUGAGUCCAUGCAGCGGUUCCACAACCGUGUUCGCCAGAUCCUCAUGGCAUCCGGUUCCACCACCUUCACCAAGAUUGUCAACAAGUGGAACACCGCCCUCAUCGGACUCAUGACAUACUUCCGCGAGGCUGUGGUGAACACCCAGGAGCUCCUUGACCUGCUGGUCAAGUGUGAGAACAAGAUCCAAACCCGGAUCAAGAUCGGGCUCAACUCCAAGAUGCCCUCCCGCUUCCCGCCCGUGGUGUUUUACACGCCGAAAGAGCUAGGGGGCCUCGGGAUGCUGUCCAUGGGCCACGUACUGAUCCCACAGUCGGAUCUGCGAUGGUCUAAGCAGACCGACGUUGGCAUCACGCAUUUCAGAUCAGGCAUGAGCCACGACGAAGACCAACUCAUCCCUAACUUGUACAGGUACAUCCAGCCGUGGGAGAGUGAGUUCAUCGACUCUCAGCGCGUCUGGGCAGAGUACGCCCUCAAACGACAGGAGGCGAACGCGCAGAACCGUCGCCUGACCCUGGAGGACCUGGAAGACUCGUGGGACCGCGGGAUUCCCCGCAUCAACACACUCUUCCAGAAGGACAGACACACGCUGGCGUACGACAAGGGGUGGAGGGUCCGCACUGACUUCAAACAGUAUCAGGUGCUGAAGCAGAACCCGUUCUGGUGGACGCACCAGCGGCAUGAUGGGAAGCUGUGGAACCUGAACAACUACAGAACGGACAUGAUCCAGGCGCUCGGAGGCGUGGAGGGAAUCCUGGAACACACGCUCUUCAAGGGCACAUACUUCCCCACUUGGGAGGGUCUGUUCUGGGAGAAGGCGUCCGGCUUUGAGGAGUCGAUGAAGUACAAGAAGCUGACCAAUGCACAGAGAUCCGGUCUGAACCAGAUUCCCAACCGACGCUUCACCCUCUGGUGGUCUCCAACCAUCAACAGGGCAAACGUGUACGUGGGAUUCCAGGUGCAGCUGGAUCUGACCGGGAUCUUCAUGCAUGGCAAGAUCCCCACGCUGAAGAUCUCUCUGAUCCAGAUCUUCCGCGCUCACUUGUGGCAGAAAAUCCACGAGAGCGUGGUCAUGGAUCUGUGCCAGGUGUUUGACCAGGAGCUGGAUGCCCUGGAGAUUGAGACAGUUCAGAAGGAGACCAUCCAUCCCAGGAAGUCUUACAAGAUGAACAGCUCGUGUGCCGACAUCUUACUGUUCGCCGCCUACAAGUGGAACGUCUCCAAACCAUCGCUCCUCGCAGACUCCAAGGAUACGAUGGACAGCACGACAACACAGAAGUACUGGCUGGACGUGCAGCUGCGUUGGGGCGACUAUGAUUCCCACGACAUCGAGCGCUACGCCCGCGCCAAGUUCCUGGACUACACGACAGACAACAUGAGUAUCUACCCCUCACCCACCGGCCUCAUGAUCGCGAUAGACCUGGCUUAUAACCUACACAGUGCAUACGGGAACUGGUUCCCGGGUUGCAAGCCGCUGAUCCAGCAGGCCAUGGCGAAGAUCAUGAAGGCCAACCCUGCGCUGUACGUGCUCCGGGAGCGGAUACGCAAGGGCCUGCAGCUCUACUCCUCCGAGCCCACCGAGCCGUACCUGUCAUCCCAGAACUACGGAGAACUGUUCUCCAACCAGAUCAUCUGGUUUGUGGACGACACCAAUGUCUACAGGGUCACCAUACACAAGACGUUUGAGGGCAACUUGACGACAAAGCCCAUCAACGGAGCCAUCUUCAUCUUCAACCCCAGAACAGGACAGCUGUUCCUUAAGAUCAUCCACACCUCCGUCUGGGCAGGGCAGAAACGUCUCGGACAGCUGGCCAAGUGGAAAACUGCAGAAGAGGUGGCUGCCUUGAUCCGAUCCCUGCCGGUGGAGGAACAGCCCAAACAGAUCAUCGUCACCAGGAAGGGCAUGUUGGAUCCACUCGAGGUUCAUCUGCUUGACUUCCCCAACAUCGUCAUCAAGGGCAGCGAACUGCAGCUUCCAUUCCAGGCUUGCCUGAAGGUGGAGAAGUUUGGGGACCUGAUUCUGAAGGCCACCGAACCUCAGAUGGUUCUGUUCAACCUCUACGAUGACUGGCUAAAAACUAUCUCGUCUUACACGAAGUUUGGAGACCUGAUUCUGAAGGCCACCGAACCACAGAUGGUCUUAUUCAACCUCUACGACGACUGGCUCAAAACUAUCUCGUCUUACAUGGCCUUCUCUCGUCUCAUCCUGAUCCUGAGAGCUCUACACGUCAACAACGACCGGACCAAGGUGGUCCUGAAACCGGACAAGACAACAAUCACCGAGCCGCACCACAUCUGGCCAACACUCAGCGAUGAGGAGUGGAUCAAGGUGGAAGUUCAGCUGAAGGACCUGAUCCUGGCGGACUAUGGGAAGAAGAACAACGUGAACGUGGCGUCGCUGACGCAGUCCGAGAUCCGUGACAUCAUCCUCGGGAUGGAGAUCUCCGCGCCGUCGCAGCAGCGGCAGCAGAUCGCAGAGAUCGAGAAACAGACGAAGGAACAGUCGCAGCUCACGGCCACCACAACUAGAACGGUGAACAAACAUGGUGACGAGAUCAUCACCUCCACCCUCAGUAACUACGAGCGCGCGACGUUCUCCUCCAAGACGGAGUGGCGAGUCCGCGCGAUCUCGGCCACCAACCUGCACCUGCGCACAAACCACAUCUACGUGUCCUCAGACGACAUUAAGGAGACAGGAUACACCUACAUCCUACCCAAGAACAUCCUCAAGAAGUUCAUCGUCAUCUCGGACCUGAGAGCACAGAUCGCAGGUUACCUGUACGGAGUGAGCCCACCUGACAACCCCCAGGUGAAGGAGAUCAGGUGUAUAGUGAUGGUUCCACAGUGGGGAACACACCAGACUGUACACCUGCCUAACCAGCUGCCUCAGCAUGAGUACCUUAAGGAGAUGGAGCCACUGGGCUGGGUGCACACGCAGCCGAACGAGUCACCGCAGCUGUCUCCACAGGACGUCACCACCCACGCCAAAAUCAUGGCGGACAACCCGUCCUGGGACGGAGAGAAAACCAUCAUCAUCACGUGCAGUUUCACGCCCGGAUCCUGCUCCCUGACUGCCUACAAGCUGACGCCGAGCGGCUACGAGUGGGGUCGACAGAACACGGACAAGGGAAACAACCCGAAGGGCUACCUGCCUUCCCACUACGAGCGCGUACAGAUGCUGCUGUCUGAUCGCUUCCUCGGGUUCUUCAUGGUCCCCUCACAGGGAUCCUGGAACUACAACUUUAUGGGCGUGCGUCACGACCCCAACAUGCACUUCGAGCUCCAGCUUGCCAACCCGAAGGAGUUCUACCACGAGGUUCACCGACCUUCUCACUUCAUGAACUUCGCUUCCAUCGAGGAAGGCGAAGUCUUGGGCACAGACAGGGAGGACCUCUUCGCGUAAAACGGCUCCGACCCAGAGGUGUCGCCAAAAACGUCCCUGCCACGACAAAGGGUUUAAUCGAAGUCUUUUAACAAAUAUUUUUAACCAUACACACAAUACUGGUGAGACCCCCCAAAGUUUGCUACUCUGGGUAGCUUUCAAGACACACUCAUGUUUCUUCGUCAACCCUCUUGCGUAAAAUGGUCCCGUAACAAUGGCUCUGCCCUCUGCCAAAAAGGGUUGAAGUCUUUUGACAAAUGUUUUAAACCACACAUACCGGUACAACAAAAUGAGUUUUCAACUAUGGGGAGCUUUUGAAACACACCCUGUCUUUUCAUCAACCCAGUAAAGUCAGAUCCCGUCUUGGAGUUGUCUGAUUUUCUAAAGUGAAGCAGCUUUGUACAAAAUCAAUCUUUUUGACAGGAUAAAAUCUUAUCUUUUGGCAUAAAGACCAUCCAAAAAGUGGCUCCUCCGUUGAGGUAUAGCCUGUAAUGUUUCUGUCAUAAACAAAGGGAUGAAAAUCUAUAUUAACAUCCGAGUUCUUGAAAUGAAGCAGUUUUGCACUGAAAAAGCUCUUCAUGGAACAGAAAGUUAUCAGGGUGCUUUCGUGGGAAACUUCUUGGUGUAGCAUUAUCCUUGUGUUGUGGAAAGGACCUAAUAUCUUUUGCAGCGGUGUACAUGCUAAGAAAACACUCAAAGGUUUUGUGGUAAAAGAUUUCUUUGUGACACGUGUAUCUAGUAUAGAAUGGAGAAACGUGGUAGUUUACAUGUAAGUCAUAGGGAAGGUAAGUCCUGUACAGUCAUACAGAUGUGUGUGGGUUUUGUUUUUUUUCAAAGUAGUAUAAGAUCUCUAAAUUGUCCAAGAAGACUGGGAUAGUAGCUGUGACAUAGUGGCAGUGGUGUCAAAUUUAACAGUAUAUUAGCAGGUGUUAGUUCAUACUCUUGUAUUACGAUUUUGGGUGAAAUAUUCUCAAGAUCUGUUGAGUGCACUAUCACACAAAAAACGUCUUUGGAACCAGCAAAGAUAUUUGCAGGGGGGAGUGUUGUAGGCACUAAGAGAAUAAGUGCAAAGUGUAAAGGCAGUUUUCUAACUCCAAGUAGCUUCAGUAGUAGCAAAAUUAAGGAUACGGAAAAUACAUAAGUAAAAUGUUAAGAAAUCAUGGGAAGUUUUAAUGUACAGUUGAGUUAAACGGGGAGGUUUCUUAAAUACGAGAACUGAAAAACAGCAUUUUGUAACCGAUGCAUUCCAAUCUUAGAGUGUGUUAUAUCAAGUGUACCACAUAACAUGUUGGCUGACAUGUUGAAUAUAAUACUUGGCUUACUGCCUAAUACUUGUACUGUAGAUUAUUGUGACUCUUCAUAUUUGUCCUUACACUUAACACUAGUCUGUGGGUUUGAAAUUUCACGUCGGCAAUUCUGUGAUACCACAGUUAAGUUGCUUGAGUGACUAUUUCUUGUGUAUGAUCAUAAACACCUGAAGGCCUUCGGUAGGCCACCCCAUCUUAUUUCGGUCUUGGGAGAAAAAA